AUGAUAGACAGGCAGAGCGGAACAUCCCAUAAUCCUCGCCGUCCCACCUCGCCAUCCGUCGCACGGCUCUCCUCCAGACCCCUCCCUCACAGUGGGCUGUGCCUCCCUCAGACCCCUCCCUCACAGUGGACUGUGCCUCAGACCCCUCCCUCACAGUGGGCUGUGCCUCCCUCAGACCCCUCCCUCACAGUGGGCUGUGCCUCCCUCAGACCGCUCCCUCACAGUGGGCUGUGCCUCCCUCAGACCCCUCCCUCACAGUGGGCUGUGCCUCCCUCAGACCCCUCCCUCACAGUGGGCUGUGCCUCCCUCAGACCCCUCCCUCACAGUGGGCUGUGCCUCCCUCAGACCGCUCCCUCACAGUGGGCUGUGCCUCCCUCAGACCCCUCCCUCACAGUGGGCUGUGCCUCCCUCAGACCUCUCCCUCACAGUGGACUGUGCCUCCCCUCAGACCCCUCCCUCACAGUGGACUGUGCCUCAGACCUCUCCCUCACAGUGGACUGUGCCUCCCCUCAGACCCCUCCCUCACAGUGGACUGUGCCUCAGACCCCUCCCUCACAGUGGACUGUGCCUCCCUCAGACCCCUCCCUCACAGUGGGCUGUGCCUCCCUCAGACCCCUCCCUCACAGUGGGCUGUGCCUCCCUCAGACCCCUCCCUCACAGUGGGCUGUGCCUCCCUCAGACCCCUCCCUCACAGUGGGCUGUGCCUCCCUCAGACCCCUCCCUCACAGUGGACUGUGCCUCCCUCAGACCCCUCCCUCACAGUGGGCUGUGCCUCCCUCAGACCCCUCCCUCACAGUGGGCUGUGCCUCCCUCAGACCCCUCCCUCACAGUGGGCUGUGCCUCCCCUCAGACCGCUCCCUCACAGUGGACUGUGUGAGUGCUCUCAGCUCGUGCUGUUGA